AUCGGGAUCAUCCAGUCGCAUCGAGCUGUUUCCAGGACCAUCAUAUGAAGCUACCUCAUGCAUUGUCGUCAUCCCCUACUGCGCAACCUUGUCUCACUUGUUCCGACCUUGUUUAGCUCAAUUCCUGAUCCUCAAGACGUGUCUACUUAGUUUAUGCGAUCAUCAUCCUUCCAACACCAACCAUAAAAUCACCAAAAGGCGCCCAUUUCACAACUAGCGACAAACAUCCAAAGGAGCCUAGAGCUUCUUUUCCCUUUCCACCAGAGCUUAUGAGCAUUCCAUACUUCAUAUACCAUUGAAUCUUAGGCAGUCGAGUUGCGCGCGUUAUAGCAUAAGGCUGGGGAGGAGGCAUGGUUGAGAUAUUCUCACAGACAUCUGUUUGAAUGCCACCUUUGAAUCCCUUCCUAGCCGCCUUCUUCAAACCCGGCAGCCCCAUCGUCACCCAGUGUGCCCCCGUACACCACCAUAUCCUCCUUGUUCCGACAACCGAGUUCUUCCUUACCUCCCGCGAGACGGAAAGCGGAUUAUCUCAGUCAGAUAUCGUCGGAUCUGAGGAAUUCUUGGGAAGUCAUGUGCUUCGAGCUCCAAGUCCGGCUACCGCUGCGGGAGGGAAGGAUGCUGUCGGAAACCUGCGCGAGCAGAGGGGCAAGGCGAGGCAAUAUUCAACCUUAAAUGGCCGUAGUGUCAUAAUAAAAGAUGCCUUCAUCUUUACCAACAAGGGUUUCAAGACCCUAGCCCAAACGCAACUUCUCCAUGAUUCUAUUUGGUAUGCCGAUAGCAUCGAACCAAGGCAAUGGCUGAUAUAUUACAUAUCGCGUCCCCUAGUCGGUAUCUGGGAAGAUGUGGAGAUACCACGAGCUAUCUUUACCGAGGGCAUGGCAAAAAAGAGGCUCGCGGAAGCAAAGCAGGCUGCAGCAGUUGAAAAUGGCGAGCCGAGCCUACCACGAAAGAAAGAGAUUGCCAGUUUUCAUGAUCUUUUAAACAACUUUCCAAUGAUAGCCCGGCAAAUGCAGGCUGGCUUGGAGAAGCUAUUUAAAGAAUUCACCAUGGUUUUCCAGAGGCCGUUGCCACCACCCCCGUCGGCAGAACAUAUUCCUGACCCUGUCCCAGACGGCCCUAUUGCGACUGCUAUGAAAAGAGUCCGAUCAAACAGCUUAUCCGCACGAGAGGCUAGCUCUAGCUUGGAUGCUCAAGGUAGUAACCGAGUGACAGAGGAUUUCUACGCUGAAGAUGAGGAAGACGUUAUGAGAGCCUCGUUAGAGACUGCGGUUACUAAUGCUAUUGAUUUAUUUCAAGGCGUGGACAAUCAGCAGCUUUCCAUGCUAGGCGCGACAACCGAACUGACGGGCCCAGUAGUAGAACGACUCAUCGAACGGUACGUGACUGAGAAUGUACAUAAUCUGAUCUGGCCUCGACUGGCUGCGAUGCGACGGCCAGAAGAUCUCGAGCUUGAGGCCAAGAUACGACAAAUGGAAUUCAUCGACAUUUCACAAUUAGGGAUCUUCAUUGAAGGAGGCACUAAAGGAAAGCACGAGCUUACCACCAGGCUCCGCUAUGCAGUCGAGGAAUUUCGCAAGAUGACUUUUGCAAUGUGCCCACAGGAUAUGAUGGGGACUUUACUGUCGACAAUAAAAGCCACGACACACUUCACGGAACAGCCUAGACCAGACAGUCAACCAAGUUCAGCGCUAGAAAAGCCCGUUCUUACUGUGAACGCUGAUACGCUCGUGUCACUACUUCUUUUCGUCGUGAUCCGAGCCGGUGUAAAACAUCUCCAAGCCCGAUUGCUCUACAUAAAACACUUUGUUUUUAUUGACGAUGUGGACAGUGGCGAGUUGGGAUACGCUAUCAGUACAUUUGAGGCAGUCCUUUCAUACCUCGCCACGGAUUCGAGUAGCCUUAGAAGAGCCAGUCGCCGGAAUAAGGCUUUAUGGGAUGCGACUGCAAAAGGUGAUAUGGACGAACUCAAAAGGAUGAUGGAUCCUAACGCAGAUGCUAUCGAUGACGAAGAAUCUGUCGCAUCUCCAGUCUCGAGUCAUGCCCCAUCGGUUAGCUGGAGCAUGGUUAAUGGCUCCUCGAGGAGGUCGUCAACGACGCUUACGCCAUCAGAGCCUUACUCUCGAGGAUCUGGAUUGAGCCACGUCUUUCCAUUCCAGAGUCAAAAGUCGGAAAACUUACCAGCGCCUCCCGCAAAGAAAGCCAAAAGGGUCGUUAUGGACACAAGGAGCAUGUCAAGCGGCUCUGAAUAUUCCUACCACUCUAGGGCGGGGAGCUUUGCUACAAUGGGAAGUGGUCUGGAAGGCGACACUUCGAUUGAACGACUAUGUCAGACGGAAGAUUCUUUUGGGGAGUCUAUUCUCAUGAUGGCAGUUCAGAAUGAACGACCACAAGCCCUCAAGUUCCUGCUUUCGCUCCACGAUUACUUUACCAUUCAUGGCGUUUUGGAGGACUGCAAUAACGAAGGCACCACGUUGUUAAGUGCAGCUGUCCAGCUGGGACACACUGAACUAAUUGAUAUCAUCCUUGAUUUCAUCUUGGCCUCAGCUCAGGAACCCCAAUUUCGGCAUUAUUUAUCCUUGCAGGACAAUCGAGGCCGCAGUGUCGCACACUACCUAUUCCACGCGCCGACCUUAAUUGGCCGCAUCGGGAGACUGCUUCCUUGGCGGCAAAAAGAUAAGAAUGGUCAAACACCGUUAUUCGCGCUGUGUCGAUCCUACGACCACCAAAAUUACCACCAUAUGGUCGAGGCCGGCCUGGAGACGGCGACAAUUACACAAGGGGACGGCCAGCCACUUCACCUGGAUGAUCACGUGGACUUGAAAGGAAACACUUUGUUACAUAUCAUCAAUGAUCACCAACUGGCAGUAAAAAUCCUCAUACACUGUGACGUCGAGGUCAAUGCUACAAACGAUAAGAAGUUUACGGCACUGAUGGUGGCGAGCAAGUACGGUCGCUUUGAUAUGGUUAGGGCGAUGUACUUAGAUCCCCGGGUGGAUGUGUCUGCAAAAGACCUGCGUGGUCUUACGGCUGUGGAAUUGGCGAAGGAUGACGACGUUCGCAAUAGGAUUGAUGACUUGAAACUCUUCACUAUGCCCCCUGCCGAUGAUGGUCGUAUCACCGGAGUUGUCAGGUCAUUUUUUGUCGAAGAUGCUACCAUUAGGCUGGUUCUCAAGUCUGGUGCUCCGGCGGACAGAGACAGUUAUACAGUGACUACCUGUCGUCGUUCGUUCACCGACUUUGAACACCUGGCCAAUCUAUUGUCAAUCGAAAACCCAGCAUCUUGGAUACCCAAAGUGACAAGUCAACGAUCGCCAUUCCAAAUCCCCUCGAAGCCUUCCAGGGCUGUCCUGAAAGACAUACAAAUACGAACUGACUCCUUUCUCAAAAUACUUUUAGCCCACCCCACUUUUGCAACGCAUGAGAUGUUAUGGGAGUUCUUUUUGGUGCCUGACUUGCAAGGGGAUAUGAUGGAACAGCGCAGUCAUCUUAAGGCCGAAAUCAGGGCCGAGAAAGUGAGAGACGAGCUGGAACCUCUGGAGGAUAUUCGCGAGGUAGAACAAUUUGUGGACCAUGCCCGGGAUAUGGUACGCAAUGUCAACUAUUCAACAAAGAGUGUUGCACGACGAGCUUACUCUAUCGGCGUGGUCGCAAAUGAUCUUUGCGACGCAGCAAGUUUAGUGUCGCGAGGCGUGGCCAACCUCCCUUUUCUCCCACAGACUCAUAUAUCAGCGUUUGAAGCUUAUGUCCGCACACUUGUCCCUCCGCAGUCUAACCCAUCAUCUAUAUUGCACGAUUCAUUCUUAGCCAUCCAGUCCACCAUUCAAGCUAUGCUCUCGUCAUUAUCUCGGCCACCUCAACUUGUCACCCAAAUUUUGUCCUCUCGCAAAGCCAUAGAACGUAACUAUAACUCAGUUUCUCGUUCGACGAGAUGGCCACUGGGACUUCUCGAUGAAACACGCCAACGACUCAACGAGGAGAAAGAAGAGAAGGCGAGACGCGCGCAGAUGGAAGUAGACAUCCUUAGUAAGGAGCUACGGUACACGCAGCAGACGGUGGCGAGCGAGCUGGCUGGAUGGGAGGAUAUGCACGAGCGCAUGGGUCGCAAGGCCAUACGGGACUUUGCCCGAGGCAUGCUUAUCUUGGAACGUGAACGACUGCAGGGCCUGCGUAGGGCGCAGCGGAAGCUACAGGAAGUGAACCGGGAUACGGAUUAUAGUAGUAAUGAACAUGAACCCCAGGAAGCAGUAAUUGGUAAUGGUAUUGACGGCGGCGGCGGCGGCGGCAGUGGUGGGGGUGGGGGUCCUGCGGGCGGCGAAUCUAGUAGCACAGCAGGCGAGGCGUUUUACGGAUAGAAUAGAUUAACUAGACUUACCUACGUUGACGGCGGUUGCGGUUUGCGGCUAUGGUUACGGUUUAUGGUCACGAUCUAUCUAAACUUGGGAACACACACACAUACACAAACUUCGGUAGAAGGUUAUGUUGUUUCUGUUUCUGUUGGAUACCUACGUAGCUAACUACCUACCUACCUUACCUAACCUGCCUGAUGUGGCCAUGAUGUAACAAAUUCAAAGAAGUCAAAACGUGAUAAGUAGGU